GCGCAAUGAAAUUACAUGGCUAUGAUUUCUGGGAACAAGUAUUGAAAAGCCCUAAGUACAUUUUGGCCCCUAUGGUCGAUCAAAGUGAACUACCUUGGAGAAUUCUAAGUCGCAGGUAUGGUGCCCAGGUCACGUACACCCCUAUGUAUAACUCUGCAGUGUUUUUGAUAGACGAAACUUACAGAAACAAACUAUUUCAAACAGAAGACAGCGAUCGACCGUUAGUUGUGCAGUUCUGUGGUAAUGAUCCUCAAACAGUUCUAAAAGCGGCUUUGAUGGUAGAAAACUGUUGCGAUGCGAUAGAUUUGAAUCUCGGCUGUCCUCAAAAUGUGGCUAAGCGAGGAAAAUAUGGCGCAUUUUUAGACGACUGGGACGUUAUUUUCAAAAUAGUACGAAGUCUACAUGACAACUUGAAGUCUAUUCCAGUGACCGCGAAGUUUAGAGUGUUCGACUGUGUUGAGAAAACAUGUAAAUAUGCACAGAUGUUGGAGGAAGCUGGAGCGGCUGUUUUGACCGUGCAUGGGCGAACACGGGAACAGAAAGGACCCAUGAGCGGAUUGGCCGAUUGGGAAAAGAUAGCAGCUAUUAAGAAAUGUGUCAAAGUUCCAGUGGUAGCCAACGGCAAUAUUCUAUGCUUCAAAGACAUCGAGCGAUGUCUGAGGGAGACUAAAGUGGAUGCAGUGAUGUCCGCAGAAGGUAAUCUACACAAUCCAGCACUAUUUGCUCCCAACUGCAAACUGAAAGUGACAGAUGCUAUUUCCGAAUAUCUAGAAUUGUGUCAUACAUUUCCAACCUCAAUGUCUUUCAUCAGGGCACACAUAUUUAAGAUGUGUUACCAUAUUUUGCAGUUUGAGAAGUUUCUGUUUUUGCGCGAAAUAAUUACGGAGAUGAAAACGUUAGAAGACGUAGAAAAAUUAAACGAGACUUUAAAGCGAGCUUUGAGUGAAAAUGAAGAAUUUGUACUUGAGAUGACAGGCGACAUGCAGUUAUCUAUAAUGUAUUGCCAAGCAAGAGUCAGAAGCUCGGGUGAGAGCAAAGACAACUAUCCUAAAAUAAGGACGAAUCAGUUCUCUCGAGAGGAUCGGAAACGGACUCUAGCCCAAAUCCAAUCCGAGCACGGAGGAUGUUCGCUUAGACAGGCGAAGCAACUGAUGCGAAAUCCAGAGAAAGGGUUCCAGAAAAGCAAUCGGCCUUGGCUCCAUUGUAUGUGCAGACAACCUAAAAGCAAAGGCUGUGCUCAUGAAAUGUGUAAAAUUUGUUGUCGGAAGUUAUGUCUGGAGAAGAAAGUUGGCUGCGAGCAGCAUAAAAUGAGAAAAAUCGAAGCAACUCGAAGUGAACCUUCUGAAAUUAAGUUGGGCUGAAUAUUUGGCACGAUUUAAGAAAAAGUAUUGCUGUUCAGAAAAACCGCGAACGGGUUGCAGGUGGUUUGAUGAACGACGACCAAGUUAUGGUAGAAUAACUUUUUUGUUAUCGUGCCUUAGAAGAGCGUUUAUAGAGAAUAUAAACAGAUUAUUUUAUACCCAUGUAUAUUUUUGUAAAUUAAUUUUGAAAGUCUUCCUUUCUGAUCUUGUCAUUAAAUUGUAUGUCAUUAGGUUAUAAU